AUGAACAUCCCGGGCGCAUCAGUUCAACCAAAGAUCUUUUCGACUGUCUGCAAGUGCCCUCGAGGAACAAAUCCACGAGUAUGCGGCUGGUGGGGACGAAAGUUUUCUACAGUAAUGGCGGCUACUCAGGCUGAUAUUAAUGCAAUUACUUGCAUUGAAGGAAGUGGCACGACUCAAGCUCCACCAAGCAGCACUGCUGGUCCAACAACACCGACAACGUUGGCUCCAACGGCAUCAACCUCGACAAGUUCUUUUGACAGAGCAGAAUGUAUCUCCAUGCUGACAAGUUUUGGACAUUCUCUUCCUGAAGAAUCUUGCGAUGCAAUUAUUUUGCACAACACAUACAGAGCAAAUCACAAUGCUCCUUCCUUUACGAUCCCAUCCGCCACCCUCUGCCAAGGAGCUCAGGAUUGGGCUGAUGCACAAGCGGACGCAAUCACAAAUGGACAAGAUGGAAUGAAUCAUGCCACAAACCUCCAAAAUGUGGGAGAAAACUUGGCUUGGCUUCCAAGUGGUGGCUUUGAAUACUCAAUGUCUGAAGCGACCGAAAGUUGGCAGAAGGAAGAUGUUUUCUGGGACUUCAAUAAUCACCAGGAGUGCACUGAUAGUCCAACACCCUGUCCAUCUUGCAGCGGCGGGGAAAACCCUGGCUCAUUUUCCGAUUGUGGUCACUUCACGCAAAACAUUUGGAAAUCAACAACGACGGUGUGUGUUGCAAAAGCCAUCCGACCACAUGGAACUUACAUCGUUGCUCGCUACGAGCCAGCAGGAAAUAUGUUUGGUGAAUUCUUGGAAAACGUAGAAGGUCCACUCAACGGAAAUACCAUCGGCGGAUCAACCUCGACUGCUGCUCCAACAACAGCGACGACGAAUGCCGGAGCUGGUACAACGAACGCUCCGAGUACUUUUACGAGAGCCCAGUGCAUUACUCAGCUGACUGCUGAUAAUCAUGCUGUCCCAGAAGAAGCUUGUGAUGCUAUCAUACUCCUCAACUCCUACCGUGCGAAUCACAAUGCUCCUGCACUGGGAAUUCCAUCUGCCUCGCUCUGUCAAGGAGCUCAAAAUUAUGCCGACUCACAGGCUCAAAGUAUUUUUAAUGCUGCCGGAGAUGGAAUGGCUCAUUCAGCUAAUACAGUACGACCGGGUAUAGGAGAGAACCUCGCAUGGCAGAGUACUUCUGAUUAUACUCUUUCUGCUGGAACAACCGCUUGGCAAUCGGAAGAUGCCUAUUGGAAUUUUGACGACCACGCGGACUGUAACGGAGAUCCGAUUCAAUGUCCCGCUUGUGUUUUUGGGAAGAAUCCUGGUUCAUUCCUUGAUUGCGGUCAUUUUACUCAAAAUGUGUGGAAGGCCACCACGACUUUUUGUCCUGCAAAAGCUACAAAUGCGCACGGAACCGUCAUCGUUGGCUGGUAUGAACCAACGGGCAAUUUUGCGGGAGAAUUUAUGGAGCAGGUCGAUGGUCAAGGCCCACUCAAUGGCGUGUUUGUUGGAACCCCGCACAAUGCUGGUUUUCCUUGA